CCCUCGUGCUAGACGUGAGGCUCGCCGUUAUGUACCUCACCGACACGCACGUCCCCUCGAUCAUGCGGGGAAACAUGCGGAACUAUACCGACGAAGGGAUUGUCACGAUAUUGAGCGGCGUGACCCAAGAGCGACGCGGCGAGCUCCGAGUAGAAGACUACUACCAGACCCUAACAGACCCGCAGGCCCUCCAGCUGGACACCAGGCUAGAGGAUCUCGACCUGCUGUACUUCUCCGACUACGGGACGGGAUAUAUUUACUCGGUGUCCAAGAUGAUCAUCCGCAGGCAACAGGAAGAUGCAAAGGACCCGAACUCAUUAGCUUCUCCUAAAAACCGCUUGGGCGUUUGAGUACCUUACGUUGACCGCGACGCCAAUGCAAAUGCCGAUGCUGAUGAUCUCCCCACUGCCGGCGCGGCGUGUUGGUGCAUGUAUAUGUCGCUGGGAUGGCGGUGCGACAUGGGAACCCCACUGUGUGUUGUGUGUGUGUGUGUGUUUUCGUCCUAUUUAUUAUGGCGACAGUCCCCCCAUUUUCGUGGUGAGACGUGUACUACACUCUUCAGCGUAUGUAUGUAUAGUACUACACUGUUCAGUGUAUUUUUCGUACAACUACAACCAUCCAGGGUCACACAGGAGGGGGUAAACACCAGGACUUUUUUCUUCUUUUUAUUUCUUUUCAUGCCCCACCUUCCUCCUGCGGUGCGUGCUGAAUACUGGUUUUAUCGCGAGAAGGGUCCAGCCGUCCCUUUCCCUCGUCAACGGUGCUAACGUCGAAGUUUGGUACUCACGAGGGCUUGUCAGCUAUAUUUCGCUUUCACCCGCACAUUUCGUAAUUUUUUCACCCCAUG